UUACCUAUGACAAAGCUGUCUUCUCCUUCGCCUGGCCUGACCUGGCCUGGGAUGGAUGAUGCGGAUGAAACUAUUCCGCCACCCGCAACUGCAAGCCCUGCGUCAGUGAGCUGAGCAUCAGCACCUUCUCCUCACUGACACUCGACCAAGGUAAACCCUUCCAGCGUCUGGAAUGGCGCAUCCUUUGAGCCUAGCUACUCCGGGGGUCUUUAAGUGGGGCUCCAGUCCCUGCCCCCGUUCUCCUCGAGGUAAAUUCGGGAUGCUUGUUUUGAGGGUCCCUUCUGCUUCCUUCAGAGUCCGAGCCGUCCAAGACGAUGAGAGGCCUCGCAGACUGAUAGACAUCAUUAGAAUUGUCCCCGAGAUCUCGAGGAAUUACUUCCGUAGUCGUCCUCGGAGAGCGCUCUUCGGUGGGAUUUCUCUUCUAGGGGGCUUUUAUGUUGCGCAAACAAUCUCCUUGUCGUUCGGAGCAUUAGGGGUGAACGAUGUCAUUGCUGCUGUACUCUGUGUUCUCUUGACGGAGUAUGUAACCAGGUUUUACUACAGCCGGCCAAAGGUUACUUUCCCCGUCGCUCUUCUCAAUAAUUUCAAGAUGGGUUUCACCUACGGACUCUUCAUCGAUGCCUUCAAGCUUGCUAGUUAGCACAAGGAUUUCAGAGGAAAGUCUCGGUUUACAAGACUUACUCUGACUAAACUAGUUCCAGGCAGCAACUUCUUAACAUGCCUUGUGAGAUUAUAUCCCUCUAAUCCAAAGGCCCACGCGCCCAUUCCCGGUGACAAGAUUGACUUUCUUAGGAGGUUUGUGGAUGACAUCUCCUGCUCUCAUGGGUAGUUCUGCAGAUAUGGUCGCAACUUCAUUCCUGAUGUCAAAAGCAUAAGAAACCUCUCUUUGCAUCGUGUCGAUUUGUUUGGAGCUCCUGCAGUUUUUGGUCUUUUCUGUCAUCGUUCUUUUGUUUAGCAUGGCAUGUUUCCUGAAACUGUAAUUGAAAGCUUUGAGCUGCCAUGAGUAAUAACUAUAUGCAGCUAACAUGAUGUGCUCCAUUAUGGUUUAUUAUACUCCGUUCUUCCGUAA